AUGAGCAGCUGCAAUAAUUUGGAUGGAGCCUUUACAGUUCAGUCUGACAAGUGCAAAUAUACAGAGGAUGCCAUUGUUUCAGAUUACACAUAUGAAACGACAAUUGUUGAAGGCAACGUUGUCAAACCAGUGUCCACAAAAAUGCAAUUCAAAACAGAGCGAAAGGUUCCAAAGGUCGGUGUCAUGUUGAUUGGACUUGGCGGAAACAAUGGAUGCACGUGCGUUGCCGGUGUGAUUGCCAACAAGUUGGGAUUGAAAUGGAAUACCAAGGAGGGAGAGAAAGAAUCUAAUUACUGGGGAAGCGUCAUGAUGGCAUCCACCGUCAAGUUGGGGAAUGAUGCCAAGGGGAAUUCAGUGUACACUCCUUUGAAAAAUAUGCUACCCAUGGUGCACCCAAACAAUGUCGUUUGGGGUGGAUGGGAUAUCAACGGAAUGCACUUGGGCGGUGCCAUGAAACGAUCAAAUGUUUUGGAUUAUGAUCUACAACAAAAGCUAUACCCGUACAUGCAGGAUAUCAAACCACUGCCGUCCGUGUACUUUCCAGAUUUCAUCGCUGCCAAUCAGAGUGAACGCGCUGACAAUGUCUUGACAGGAUCCAAGCAACAGCAAAUGGAACAGAUCCGUAAGGAUAUUCAAGAAUUCAAGAAAAAGAAUGGACUGGAUAAAGUUAUGCUAUUAUGGACGGCCAAUACAGAACGGUUCGCCAGUAUUGAAGAGGGAGUCAAUGAUACUGCCGAAGAUUUGUUGACCAGUAUCCAACGUGACGAGCCAGAAAUCAGUGCAUCGACCAUCUUUGCCGUUGCUAGUAUUCUAGAGGGAUGUACUUUUAUCAAUGGAUCUCCACAAAACACCUUUGUUCCUGGAGUUGUCGAACUGGCCCGCCAAAAGAAAGUCUUUAUUGCUGGAGACGACUUUAAAAGUGGCCAAACAAAGAUGAAGUCUGUCUUGGUUGACUUUUUGGUCAGUGCAGGAAUCAAGCCCGUGUCCAUUGUCUCGUACAAUCACCUGGGAAACAAUGAUGGAAAGAAUUUGAGUGCUCCUAGUCAAUUCCGAUCCAAGGAAAUCUCCAAAUCCAAUGUCGUCGAUGACAUGGUGGCCUCCAACCGAAUCCUAUUUGAAGAAGACGAGCAUCCUGAUCAUGUGGUGGUCAUCAAGUAUGUUCCAUAUGUCGGUGAUUCAAAGCGAGCCAUGGACGAGUAUACUUCUGAAAUCUUCAUGGGGGGUACCAAUACUAUCGUCAUGCACAACACUUGCGAAGAUUCUCUCUUGGCCACGCCCUUGAUAUACGAUUUGGUCAUUUUGGGAGAAUUGUGCGAGCGGAUUCGCAUGAAAAAGGUGGAUGACUCUUCUGAUAAAGAUUCGGAAUGGGAAGCUUUUCAUCCCGUCUUGUCCUUGCUGAGUUACAUGCUCAAGGCCCCUCUGGUCCCCAAUGGUGCCCCUGUGGUCAAUGCCUUGUUUGCCCAACGACAAGCAAUCAUCAAUGUCAUGAGAGCAUGUUUGGGACUAGCUCCGGACCAUCACAUGACUUUGGAACAUCGAUUUGAGAGUAGUCUACAGGAAUUAGCCGCACAGCAAGGGAAUGGAAGACCGUUAAAGAAGGCCCGCACAGACUAA